CAGUGAUUGAAAUCAAUAAAAACAGUCGGCAAGGGGCCCAGUGGGGGAAGAGAGAAAUCUCCACUACAGCAUUCAGUUUGCUUUCCACUUUCUCCCUCCCCCUCUAAAGUUAAACUCCGAAGAUCACCAUGACAAGCUCCCUCGCUUCCAGCGCUGGGAAGACGCUGGUGGGGAUUUAAAGGAAGCGAGCGCUUUCCUUCGCCUCCCUGCCUUCGCUCUCCCCCCAGCGCGGAGGAAAUGAAAGGCUUGUUCGGAAUUUGAAUCCCGCCUGGAAAAACUUCAUUGGACAAGUGCAUCGCUCUGCAUUUCAGGAAAGGGAUGGAUUUUAUGGUCAGAGAAUGCUAAAAGGUGAGAGCGGGAAGCAAAGCAGGAAUCCGAUCCAGCCGGAGCCCACGAACAGGGUAGGAUGUCCAAGCCGGCGGAGGGGACCUCUGGAGCUGCGGGACGGACUGCGAGCAAGUGCCUGAGAUCAUCCACAUCCUGAGGCUCCUGGAACGCUGGGGCACGUGACGGACACACCAAAACCAGUGGCUCCAUCUCAGACUGACAUUCUCCUGGGCUGCACCUCAUAAAAGCUGGUAACCAGCAAAGAAGACACAAAAGCUCAAAUCACUAUGUGGAGCUGUGAAGCCUUAAUCAACAGUACUGAGAACAGUGAGGACCAGCAUCUCUGCCAUGACUUCGACCUUGUGCUUUCCAUCUUUUCCCUUCUCUACCUCAUUAUAUGUUUCCCAAUUGGCCUUUGUUACAAUGGCCUGCUGGUCCUAGUUAACCUCUACAACAAAGCUACUAUGACUAUGCCAGAUGUUUACUUUGUCAACAUUGCCAUUGCCGGCCUCAUCAUCAACACUCUGGCACCAAUGUACCUGCUAGGUCUUGCCAAUACAAAAUGGGCCAUCUGGAAUUCCAACAAUGAAGUUUAUAUCACCUUCCUUAUUUUAUUCAACGUCUCGUCGUUGGUUACCAUGUACUCUACCACACUGCUCAGUCUGGACUACUACAUCGAACGCGCCCUGCCCAGGACUUACAUGUCCAGUGUGUACAACACCAAACACGUCUGCGGGUUCAUCUGGGGUGGGGCCAUGCUCACAAGCUUUUCAUCUCUCCUGUUCUACGUCUGCAACCACGUGUCCACCAAGAUAAUCGAGUGUUCCAAGAUGCAGAACCAGGAGGCGGCGGACGCCAUCAUGGUGUUCAUCGGGUACGUCGUUCCCGCCAUCGCCGUGCUCUACGCGCUGACGCUGAUCCUGCGAAUCCGCAAGGAGGCCACGCCGCUGGAUCAGGACACCGGGCGCCUGGAUCCCUCAGUGCACAGGCUGCUGAUUGCCACAGUCUGCACACAGUUCACCCUCUGGACACCCUAUUACGUUAUUCUCUUGGUAAGCACGUUUACUAACCUACGAGGAAGAAUUCCAGAUGUAAAGUCCAUUCAGAUAUUACACUUUGCCACGAUUCUGUCAAAAUUCCUGGCUUUCUCCAGCAGCUUUGUCAUGCCUCUGCUCUACAGAUACAUCAACAAAAACUUUCCCAACAAAUUACGCCGUUUGCUUAAAAAGAUACACUGUGGGAACCAGGGGUGUUCUCACGAGCGCACAGUGGUACAGCAGGUCAUGACAUAGGUGUGACAAACCCCUGGUGCUCUGUGCCUGCAGAGCUGGCUGCUCAGUGCUGGGACUGUGACGCUGCUGUGUUGGCACUCAGAGACGUCUGAGAGUCCCAACCAAGAGGCUGGAAGGAGCUUCCAUUGCAGUUGAAUGCAACAGUCUUAAUUUUCCAGUAGUUUUUGCUGAAGUGGUGUGAGGCUCUGGCCUGUGUGCUGCAUUACCUGUGACAUCAGAUACCUUCAGUGCACUGAACUGCUGACAGAGGAUAAACUCUGUUUUCAUGGCUCUGAUCUUCCUCUCUGAAGAUAUCACUAAGCAGUUUAUUGAAGUCUUGACUGAAGACACAGCACCUUGUAUCUUGUAUAGAAAAAGGUAUUACCUUGUUUUCUGUACAAAGUGACAGUGCUAUCCUUGAUGAAGUAAAUAGAAUUUUUCAAUGAAGAUUAUAUAGUUGAUCUUUACUGAAGAUCAUAUGACUCAAUUAUACAUGUCCAAAUAGUAAAUGUUAAUUAUAAAUUAAAUUAUUUAAUUUCUUUCUCCAUCACUGAUUUCCCCCUUUAAAAGAAGCCUAAUUUACUUUUUUCAGAAAUUGUUUUCUCACACAAACUAACCUGUUUUAACAUUUAUGGUAAAGUGAUUUUUUCUUUUAGCUACAACAAAUAACAAAAAUGUGUUUUAAUUUUCCAGUGCUUUUUUUGUAUCCUAAAACAUUUCAGGAAUUCAGAAAUAUUUAUUAACUAAUUCUGACGGAACUCAGAGAUGUUUGUUCCACAUACUAAAAUGAAGGACACAGUGGUUUACAAAGUUAAAUCAGAAUUUAACUAGCAAAGAUUGUCUGGCUAAGUGUUAUGGUCCACAUAUGUUCAUGUAACAAGAGUAAUUAUCUUAAAAAAUAAAUAUGUUUAUGAUUAACAUUUUGUAUUUUCAAGGGAUAUGUUUGCAACAAAUAAAUUAAACUCUCUUUAAUCUAGGACAUCACUGGAUGUUUGGAAACCAUAUAAAAUUCCUCAAUAUAGGAAUCCCACUCACCAUCAGCUCUUUGCUGACCUCUCAAAAAGCCUUCCAUUGGGAUUGUUGGAUACAAAGUAAAGAAUUUGACUGCUUAUACAAAAUACAUGAGAAACACAGACAUGCUGCAGGAAGCACAUAAACAGUUACAACAACAAGCUACAAAGCACUGAUCCAAAAUCUACCUGUUCUUGUGCUGCUGUUGCAUUAAUGACAGGGGGGAGAGGAGGGGGGUGCAAGUGGAGCUGAUGUUCUCCCACUGGUGUGGGGCCCCAAGACAUUUUUGUCACUUGAUUCAUGCUACAGUGUCAUUUUAUUGCUUAAUCUGUUACAGCACAACUCAAAUUCCACAUGACAUCAUUAAAAAAUGUGACUUUUCAAGCUUCUGGUAUAGAAAAAAACAUGGAGCAAGAGCAGCACUGAACCCUUCCCACUGCUUAGAGCACAAUCUUGUCUGGUAACUGGCCCUAGUUUGUCAGCAGAGACACAUACUGGAGUUCUGUGAAAAGUACUUUCUGAGGAACAGACCUUUCAGAUCUUUUUCCAUCAAGCAAUUUCUUCCUUUAGUCAUCUUUGCUUAUCUUCUUUAUAUACAAUCAUCUCUAAGUUAUCAACAUCCUGGUGGAAGACUUUCCAUUAACCUUUGCUUUUUUUAAGAGUUUUUCAUAUUUUAUUGGAUAUUUUUAACCCUUAAAGCCUACAGAGUAAAUAAUCUAUUUCUGUGGUGUUUUCAGUUUUAGCCUGUUGAUGAAAACCACAUUAAGAACUUAAGCUGUUCCUCAUUGCUGUGUCCAACUCACUCAUUUAAUGCUUCUCUGCUGACACAUGAUAAUGGCUGCUUUCUUGGGUUUGCCCACCUUGAGAGAUUUUCUGUGAAUUUCUACACAACUUGAGCACUCAAGCUCAGUUCCACACAGAAGUGCUUAAGAACAAAAUCUUUCCUUACAGCUGUCAAGCAAACAGACUCCUUCUUCCCAUCUGAGGAAAAUUAGGUUUCUUAAUGCGCCACAUGAAAUCUCUCACGUAAAAUCUGUUAAAGAAAUUCUGUGCCAUUAUGCAGGAGGAGUUCCAACAGGGAGGAACUGGCUUAUCUGGUGUGAAUAGAGGCUUUCAGAACUGGGACACUGCCAGAACAGUGCAGCUGAGCAGGCAACUUUAAGUGCAAUUUCAACUUCCAUGUUGCUUCCUUACUUCCAUUUCCUCCUUCUCUUAAGACAUCUGAUUUUCUGUCUCUAAAAGAAUUGUUGCCUUUAUUUCUGUUCCUUUCUCUCAGUGUUAAAUUCUCAGUUUCAGGUAAUGGCUCUUGUCUCAUUUCUCUUUAUCAUUUUUCACUUCUCUGCACAAUUUAUUUAACUUUCAUUUCUCUCCCAUCCCUGCUUGCCUUGCACACCUGGUACCAUUCAAUGCUCGUGUUUACUUCAUCACACUGACUGCUUUAUGAUGAUCCAAAUCUUACUCAGUGAUUCAACAUUACAAAUUUAUGUAGGAAAAUGGAAGCUGCUAUUGAAGAGAUGUAGAAAGACAGAUUUUUAUGGAACUUACCCAUGGGGCAUCCGAUCUGAUUUUUUCCUAAUCUUUUUUACUGCAACAGAGCUAUGGAUGUUUGCCUGUAUCCUUGAUAAACACUAAAUGUGAUGGCAAUCAUAGAUACAAAAACUUGGAUAAUUUAAUGAACAAGACUGCUAUCCACUCAACCUCUUAGAAAAGUUAAUUUGAUUUAUUAGUUGCCUCAAAGAAACUGUGCUGUGGAUCUGCCUUGCUGCUGUUCUCCUAAGGGAAUUGUGAACUUAAUUGCAGCACCCUCAUCUGGUAUCUCUGAAAGAGCAGCAUCCCAGAAAGAGAGAGCUUUGCAGUACUUAUAUAAAGAACAGCAGAGAAGCAAGUACAGUAAAAUACUUAAGGAAAUACAAGGUAUCAUAAAUUAGGAAGAACUUUUAUGGACAAACAUUUAAUACACAAAGUUCUUGAGAAUGGGGCCUUUCCAUUUCAAAUACCUGAAGGUUGCUGGUGACUGUAAAUAGGGGCUUAUCUAUUACACAUUUAAAUAGAUAUGAAUAAAAAUACUGUAUAUAUGCAAGAUAAAAAUCAGCCUACUGAUGUAAAAAGAAUCUGCAAAGAGUUUAUUAAAUUAUUUCUAAAAGUGUGUCAUUUAAAUGUAAACCUCUGAACAGGAAGGUGUACUGUAUUCUUCUGUAUGUAUAUAAUGUGUACUAGAAAGUAAGCACUAGUUAAGUGCCAUUAUUAACAGUGUUAUUUUCUCACAAAAUUAAACUUAAUAUUUGAAUUGAUUUAUGACUUACAGCCCUCUUGCUGAACCGCUAAUUAAGUCAAAUCAAUCAACUAACACAAAUGUCAUGUUCUGCUUCUAUCUGAGUUAUUAGCACAGCUAGCUCAAGACAGGUUCUUGUUGACCAACUUAGUAGAGGUCCUAGUUUCAAAAGUUUACAUUUCAGAAUCAAAUUUUUUUGGUCUCCGAAGAUUUAAUUUCAGUUAAUGAAAGAAGGUGAUCAGCCACUAGAAAAUUCCUGGUUCUAUUACAAUGAAGAGAUGUGGACUCCAAUAUCAUGUCAAAAUACUACAGAAAUGGACUUUAUGGAAAGCUUCAUAAAGGAAGUAUUGACUCAUAAUACAUUCUCAAUAAAAAGUGUUCAAGUGUAC